GUACGGAACGCCGUACCCCCGCUCCAUCUCGUUGGGGAGAGGGAGCGGGGGUACGGCGUUCCGGGAACGUUCCUCCUCUGGCGUGCACACCCGGAGUAGGGGUACGGCGUUUYCGGAACGCYGCACCCCCGCUCCCUCUCGRCCGGGAGAGAGAGAGRGGGUUCRGGGUUAUCAGAAYGCCGUGCCCAACAGAAGGGGGUGAGCGUCCCCUUAGGCUUCGCAUCUACGCACUCGGAGGGGGUGAGGCUUUUCGAAGCGUGAUCCGAUAGAGAAAGGUUUGAUAUCUGAAUGCCUUGCCUUCUACUGUUCGGAUUGUGCCAACCGUCAGGAGGAGCAUCUGGUGUACCGGAAAAGAGGGUCUAUAAGACCUCCUCGAUGUAUAGGGAUAGGGAGUGGGCCCUUGAUUGGGUGGGGGGCCUGCACGAGGCGGGAUGUGGGGCCGCUGUGUUCCUGAAGAACGCCGUGGCCGACGACUGGUUCUGUCUUGGAGGGAUCAUAAAAUCCGAGGAUGAGAGGGCGGACGGGCACGGAAGGAAGUUCAGGAGGUUCUUUCUCACGACAGUGUUUGACGAACACGGAGUGGACCACGCUAAGGUUGACCAUAAAGUCAGCCUUGACUACAAUUUAUUCAAGGGGUAUGGAGCUAAGGCGAUUACCAUGCGAGCGUUCGAUGUAUCCCCGAAGGAAGACCGGAGCGUGUUGACAAUACUUGACCCCGUGAAAUUCCUCGCCAAAACAAACGGGUACAGGCGAUCUGGAAACAGUCCCAUCGUACAGGCCGGGCAUCGAAUGUCUUCGACGCUCAUGCCUUUUGACACGCCGGACGAGGAUCUCCUGGAUAUAACGAAGAGAUUCGAUGGGGGCGACUAUGGGGACGGUGGGGAAAAUGAUGAAGACUGCCUCGCCGAUGAUGAGGAUGGAGGGGAGGAAAGGUCCGAUGAUAUGGAGGUCGAUGAGGGAGCAGGAGAUCGGUCGGAGGGUAGUGUGCAGAAAAGGAAGCGGCGAUCUUCAACAAGUCCGACGGGGGCGGCGGAUAAACGUGCUGCUAAGAGACUCACAGUCGCUGUAUCUCGAGAGGCACUAAGAGCUUCUCAGAAGGCGGCCACUGAUAGCGUGAAGAACAAAAAAGGGAAGGCGUCAACCAGAGCGACAAAAGCGAAGAAACGUCCGAUGAAAAGAAAGCAGAUGGUCGAUGAGGGUGACUCCGGAGAAGAUGCCGAAGGGGUUGCUCCUAGGGCUCCAUCCGAACAGACAGAGCGUUCCUCUGACAAUCGAUCUGUCACAGUGGACACAACAAAGUGCUUCUUCUUGGAGUUCGAUGAAGAUGGCUACGCGAGGAAGGAUCGGGUACACAUUCAAGUGGAUGUAACGAAGAUCUUGCCAAUUCCGGAAGGUGACAUCCUCUACAACCACAGAACGUUGGACGAAACGUUGGUGCRGUCCAUAUACGAUGCGAUCCAUAAUGCGGCCAAGGAAACCAACGGCAAGUGGGAUUUCAUGACUUUCAUCCUGGCCUCCAUUGGGCCCAGCCGGGACGGCUCUCAAGGCAGACGGAUCACACCACAGGAAUUCGACGUCGAGGAGGCGUAUGCUUACCACUGGUAUGUUGUUGCCGGCCAACACACGGCUGAGGCUAUGAACAGACUCAUAGUGGACAAGUCACCGACCGAGAAAAGAUACGGCUUGAGGUCAUAUUCUCACGUGCGUGUUGUCUACUUUGACGACAACACAAAGACAGGAUAUCCGUAUGUCUCGGCAUUCGACAACACAAGGGAAGAACGUUCUGUCCCGCGAUCGUUUUCGUCGUCGGUGCGGCAAAUCAGAACUUAUUGGGAGAAGAGGUGUGGCYGCAUCCGUCSUCCAGGCACCGUGUCCCCGAAUGACGUGGAAGGAUUGAAACAAAAAAAGAAGUGGGAAGAGUUCAUGAAUGCCGCCUGCAAAAUGACACCGGAUUCCAGUCUCGUGACGUCGUCCCUGGAGAACGAGUAUUGCAAGGACUGGACAAACAAGAUGCAGGGAUACAUGAAUCUUGCGCAGUGCGGCGAAACGCUGCCAAGAGUUGACGGUGUGAAAUACAUCGAUCUGCCGGGGAAAGUGGAAGGGAGGUUGCCGGGGCAGUACUUUGUCAAGGACAACUCCGGGAAAAAAAUCUUGUUCCACUGCAUCAAGGCCAAAAAGGGGCCUCCAGGCGCAACGGUGUCUAUACCRGACUUGACGCCCUCCAUCUUCAAGCUGUUUGGGGAUAUGACAGCGAGAGAGAAGCAAGUGGCGCUACACCACAUAAUGCGUGUUGAUGUUAUCGUUACAUCACGUAUGGUGCCGCGUGGAGGGUGCAACAUGGCGGACCUAGUAAAAUAUACUCGGCGAGAGAGAUAUAUGGUCCGCAUGUUCAACUACAUAUUGUUCAAGGUCGAGGAGAGGUCAAAGGAUGAGUGGAACGUAGACUUCUUCAUCGGUUAUACGACAAUCAUGGAGAGGUAUAGCAAAAACGGCCUCACCGACUUGAAAUGGACCGAGGAACGCGACCACAUCCCUGACGACAAGGUGAGGAAAGUGUCGAGGCGUUUGGGCAGUCCUGAUGAGAUAAAUGGUGAGAACGGUGCAGGGCUGGAGGCAACCCAAGCCAUGUACAAGGAAACCCCGUUCCACCUCAAGUGUCUCAUCUAUGAGGCGAUCGAUCGCUUGGACGACUCAGGGCUGAGACUGCACGAUUUCCUCGCGACGUGUUGUGGCGAAAAAUGGGCAUUGAUCAUUUUCACGUCGAUGAAGCACCAGAGACAGGUGAUGCAGAGUGUGUACAAGUGGGACGAUGUCGAGGUGCUCACCGGGUCUUGGUACAGACACUACACACCGUCGACGAUCGUGAACAGGUACGGCAAUAUUGCGGUUCGGUACAUUGACAUGAUGGCUAUUGUCCUCCACGCCAAGAACCGCAACUUGAGCAAUAUAACGAUUGCGCCGAAAUUGCAAGCGGAGCUCACAAAUUUGAACAUUGAAGAGGGUGAAUUUGUGAGGUACUCAGGGGAGUGUAUCGGUGUGGAGGGCGACACUGAAGCGGUUUAUUCUUGGAUGGAACGAGAGCCUGCACGUCUCCGGAAGCUAUGCAGCUCGUUCAUCAGGGAGGAUGACGGCGUGAUGCUGCUGGGCAGGGCACAUGCGGGACUGAUAUGGGAACUGGCUAAGGCCGGACACCACGUGUUUGCAUGCGACGACACGACAAAGAAGCUCACCUACCUUUCCAAGUUCUUGGAAUUCAACGUGAACGACCCGAGGAACAAAUGCAAGUUCGAAAAGCCCCAAGUCGAGCACCGCAAGGACCGGGACAUAUACUACAAGCUCGGUAGGAAAAGGGAUAAAGUGUGGGCUUACUUGUUCGGUGGCGCUCCACAGUCGGCAUUUGAUAACGACUACGUCCUCAGGAAAAGCGAAAUCGAGAUGGCAAUGAACGAGUACCACGGCUCCCACAUGGGUGCUUUCCACAUGUUCGUCGCACGUUGCGAGCAUCUCUAUUUCAAUAUGAAGAAAAGAGCACUGGACAGCCGGGACUAUGCUGACUAAGCACGUAAAGCCGGCAACUU